CGUUUCAAGAAUUGCCCCAAUUUUCUACCUACCGCAUUUCUCCGACACGACUCGAGCUCGACUCAACUCGCGAAAUCGAACAUGGCCGCCGCCGCCUCCUGCCCCGCCCCGCCGCGCCGGCUCUGCUCCGCCACGGCGCUGCCGGCUCCCUCUGCCGCUGCGUCCAGCCGCAGAAGGGUUGGAUACGGCUCCUCGUCGGCCCGCCGGUGGCCAUGCCGCCGCUGGGCCUACCGGCCGGACGCUGCGGCGCCCCGGAUUCGGCGGCCGCCGCCGCGGCGCCCGGCGGCGGCGAGGGUGAGCUGCGCCUACUCCCCCGGCGCUGAAUCAAUAACCGCAUGCUCUUGGAAUGAAUAUGUGAUCUGCAGUGAUGUACCCGUGCUUGUUGAGUUUUGGGCCUCAUGGUGUGGACCUUGCAGAAUGGUCACCCGAAUCGUCGAUGAGAUAGCACAAGAAUAUGCUGGAAGGAUAAAAUGUUAUAAGCUUGACACUGAUGAUUACCCGCAGAUUGCAACAUCUUACAGUAUUGAGAGGAUUCCAACUGUUUUACUCUUCAAGGAUGGAGAGAAAAUACAUAGUAUUACUGGGACUCUGCCAAAAGCCGUUUAUGUGAGAUCCAUCGAGAAAUCUAUCUCAGAACAAUGAUCUAUUUGAUUAGAGAACUCUGUAAUAUUCUUUGAUCCAGAUUUAUAUUCCUGCAUACUUGGUUUUAUUACCAGAUAGUGCAGAGAGUGAAGGUAAAUUUGGAGUUUUCAACAUGAGCAUCUUACCUAGAAGUAUGGUACUGCGGGUGAUCCUUUUGCUAUUCAAUAGCAGUGUAAAUAUAGAUGUACUUCUGAAAAGCCAGAGUGUUGAUUUUUGUUUUUACUUCAAAGGCUGUAAUGUACUACUGUUGUCAUUGAUAUGACACAGGGCAGCAUAUUUGAGCCCUUCACAAAUAGCUUACUAAAUGAAGUCAAGUUAAGGUUUUCCUCU